CAAAAACCUGUAUGAAAACUAAGAAAAGUUACCCAAGGGCUAAGAAAAAACUGCAAAAACAGAAAGGAAUGAAUAACAGACAAAAUGUUAGUAGUGGCAUUAAGUAUUAUUCUUAUGUGUACUGUGAUAGUCUUAUAUUUAAAGCUGCACAUGUUUACAACAUAAUAUCAAAUUUUUCAAGUUAUAAUGGAGCCUGUCUGCGUCUUGUGUCAGCACAUCUCCUUGGUUUUUGCUCAAACCAACGUCCCCAUGCACUGUUAAAGUCAAACUCUUCCUUCUUUGGCCCAUUGAUGAUUAUAUUCAAUACUUUGUCGA